CCCUCGGCGCGCGGCGCGGCGGGAAGGAAGGGGGCGCGUGCGUGUGGGGGGCGAGCGGUCGGCGAGAGCGGCCUCGCGCGCGCGCACGGCAGAGAGAGAGAGACAGACAGACAGACAGACAGACAGAACGCCGCAGGAUGCCCGCAGCUCCCGCGGCGAGGGGCUGAGGCGGGCGGGCGGGGGCCGAGAGGUCGCCGAGAGGGAGGAGGAGGAGGAGGAGGAAGGAGGGAGGAAGGCGGGAGCGGCGCGCGGGGGAGACAGGGUCUCGCGGCCGAGGAUGGCGCCGGUGCGCGAGCAGCUGGCGCCGCAGGGGGACGCCCCCCCCCUCCUCCUCCCCGCCGCCGCCGCCGCCCCCCCCCCGCCCGCAGCGGUGGCCGAGCCGCGGCGGGAAAACGGCGGCGAGCGGCGCCCCGGCAGCGGCAGCCCGGCCGCGGCGAGCGGCGAGAGCGGGGCCCGGCCCCGGGCGGCCACGCAGGCUCCCGGGAGCGCGGCCCCCGAGCCCCCCGAGGGCGGCUGGGGCUGGGUGGUGAUGCUGGCCGCCAUGUGGUGCAACGGCGCCGUCUUCGGCAUCCAGAACUCGUGCGGGGUCCUCUUCGUCUCCAUGCUCCAGCUCUUCGGCGGCGGCGACGACAAGCAGCUGGCGUUCAAAACAGCAUGGGUGAGUUCUCUUUCUAUGGGGAUGGUCUUCUUCUGUUCUCCAAUAGUCAGCAUAUUCACAGACCUGUUUGGUUGUCGAAAAGUAGCUGUUACUGGAGCUGCAGUAGGGUUUGCUGGACUCCUGUCAAGUUCUUUUGUAAGCACCAUUGAACCUCUGUAUUUCACCUACGGAGUCUUAUUUGCCUGUGGCUGCUCAUUUGCGUACCAGCCAUCCUUGGUCAUUCUUGGGCACUACUUCAAGAAGCGCCUGGGACUAGUGAAUGGCAUUGUCACCGCGGGCAGCAGCUUGUUCACCGUGUCGCUGCCCUUCCUCUUGAGAGUUUUGAUCGAUUCCGUUGGCCUAUACAACACCUUGCGGGUCCUGUGCAUCCUUAUGUUUAUUCUGUUCCUGGCUGGCUUUACAUACAAACCCCUUGUUUCCAACACCAAAGACGAGGAGGGAGGAAAGAAGGGAAAGUUCAGAUUUCCUCCUGAAAAAAAGAUCUGCAAUUUCUCCGUUUUCAAAGUUCCCAGUUACCGAAUCUGGGCUUUCGGGAUCCCAGCCGCGCUCUUUGGAUACUUCGUGCCUUAUGUUCACUUGAUGAACCAUGUAAAAGACAGAUUUGGUGACACCGUGCCAGAAGAAGUGCUUCUGCUGUGCCUGGGCAUUACUUCAGGAGUUGGCAGAUUGAUCUUUGGCAGAGUUGCAGAUUACAUUCCUGGUGCAAAAAAAGUUUAUUUACAGGUGGCCUCAUUCUUCUUUAUUGGCCUGAUGUCUAUGAUGAUCCCGCUGUGCCACAUCUUCGGCGGUCUCAUUGCUGUCUGUCUCUUCAUGGGCCUGUUUGAUGGGUGCUUCAUUUGCAUUAUGGCUCCCAUUGCUUUUGAGCUUGUUGGGGCUCAGGAUGUCUCCCAGGCCAUAGGAUUUCUGCUCGGACUCAUGUCAAUACCUAUGACAGUUGGACCACCCAUUGCAGGCCUGCUAUAUGAUCACCUUGGCACCUAUGAUGUAGCAUUCUACCUGGCUGGGGUCCCUCCCCUUGUUGGCGGAGCUAUAUUGUGUUUCAUCCCCUGGGUCCAUGAGCGGCAGAACUUAAAAGAAAGAGCAAAACCUGUUGAUGGAGAAACUACUGAGAAAAUGCUGGAAAACGAAAGCACUUUGGUGUCGGACGCUACGGAAAAGCCCGUGAAAGAAACGGAAUCUGGGUUUUGAUGCUUUCUUUUCCUGUACCAGCCCAACCUUCUUCUACCAAAGCUAGAUUUGUACUUUUUGGCUGAUGAUACUGACAAAGUCUUGAACUAUCACUGAAAUUGCAAAACUGCUAUAAGAAUCUUUUAUACCAUUGAACUUUUUUUGAGUCAUUGAGUUUGAUUUCAAGCAACAUUUUCAAGGUAUUUGAAGUUUUUGUAGCAUUAGUGUGUACGCGUGUAGUGAUUCUGUGUGUGAAGAGAAUAUUUUUCUAAUUCAUCAGAACCUGUUUCUAGAAGCGUGAAAGGUGGUUUUGGUUCACUGACCUAGGAUUCUUUAGUAACUUUUAUGAUCCAUCCAAUGCAGGUACACCUGAGGGUGUUUAUACUGGAAAAUGUAGUAGCUCUUACAACUGGUUUGUUUUCUUGAAGUUUCUCAUGCUGUUUUACAGUCUCCUAUAAUUCUGUAUCAUGAACAUGCAUAUGCGUAUUUUUGUUACCCUUAAUUCUUGCUGAAAUAAUUUUGCAUUAGAAAGCUAAAUUGUUAGACAUGUUUUAUUUUCUCUAAAUAGCCGAGCCUGCUCAGUUUGCUUAAACUCACCUGUUUUUGCACUCACCUUUUCAUAGUAGCCCAAACAAAGAAUGUUAAGGGUGAAAUUUUUGAUGGGCACAGCUUUUGAAUAGGCGCAAACUAAGCUCUGAGUGCAAAGACAUUCAGAAGUAAAGCUGCUGAAUGAUAGAUUAUUUUUUUUUUUUUAAUUUGGUGAAGGCAGUACUAUUAUUGUAUAUGUGUAUAUCUCAGCUAAACCUCAGAAUAGCUGAUAGUUUUAAAAUUGUACUGAGAGUAAUACUUUGGAGCAGUAUUGUGAAUUAGACUAAAUUUCAAAUUACACUGUUGUACUUGGGUUCUUUUUUAUUCUUAAAAAUGAGACAGCUUUAAAGGAUACAUUCUAAGUGCAAUAAUAAGUUGAACGUGGAAAUAUUCACGGGCUAUUAGAAUGACAUUCAACAAUUAAAGAUUUUUGCACUAAGUAAACAUGCAGGUUUAUUAUAGGUCUUUAUAGCUGUGUUCAGGUGCACGUAGGAUAUAGCUCCAUAUUUUAUUAAAAUAUAAAGAAAUGUCUUUUCAUGUCCUAUUUCUUGCUUAACAUACUAAACAUAUGACCCUGUUACUUAUGUGUUCUUAGGUAUUAUGCAUUGUUUAUCAAGCAGGUAUUUCUGAAAACCUCUCUGAAAAAUAUUUAAAAGCAUAAUACUUUGAGAUGAAAACAUUGCUUUUCAGUUUAUCAUAAACCACUUCCAUGUACAUUGUUUAUUUGUGGAUAUGGAUCAGCAAUGCAGUGGAAUACUUAAUCAUUUGUUAUUUCAGGUCCAUUCAAUACCAAUAAUUUUUGUUUUCUUGUUUAGAAGCAUCAUAGCAAAGAGUAAACUAAAUGUGAUUUGAAGACAAAAUGCACAUUUAAGUGCAUUUUCUUCAUUAGUAAACAAUACCUGUUCUUUACAUAAAACACAGAGGCAUAUUGUUUUAAAAUUAUAAUGUUUAUUGUCUUUUCUAUUUUUAUUUUUCUUUCUCCAGAGUUGUAGUAAAUGGCUCAGCCUAUUUACAUUUGUGAUACAAAACGUUAUAUUAGCAAUACUAUUGCGUAGAAUGUUUACAUCUUACCAAUUUACAAAAGUUCUUUAAAUAUAAAAAUGCAAACCAUCCUAAUUAUUGGAGACCAAAGCUCAUACCUUUUUAUAUUGCAGUGUUUCAAUCCCUGCUUUAUGUGAGUGAGGUUUAAAAGAAUUGGAUCUUAAAAUGUUAGAGGUGUAUGGGGGGGACUUGGAGGUGGAAAAAAUUCCAAACCAAUCUGUAAAACAGAGGCCCCUUUAGGUUCUUUGGGGCUUGUGCUUCUGUACCUCAUAAGUAUUUCUAAAAAUUUAAUUAAAAUAUUCAUAGUAUUGUUAAUUAAAAUGACUAUGAAAUGCUGCCUUCAUUAUAAAAAUUAUGUUAAUAGCCUAUGCUGUUCUUGUCUGGAGUAUUUCUGUAGAACGUGUUAUUCAGUAUUAUCUUUUAUUUGCAAUGCAAAAGGUGUUGAGUAAGUGUGGUAGGAGCCUCUUGUUUCCUGUUGCUUUGUUAUGAAAAAUUAGUAUUCAUCACAGAUCUUACAUUUCAUGUGGUGUUAGUGUUGAGUUUUUAACCGAAAACAAGGCUGCUGUUUAGCACUGAUGCAAUUUGAAAUAAUUGUGACCAGAUAUCGUGCUGUAGCUGUGGCACUUCCUGACUUGCUGCUCUGUAUCUAUAUAAAUUAUCUGGGAGAGAAUAUAAAAUAAUUGUUGUUAAGUUUUAGAAAUGAUCCAGAAAUAGUAUAACAAUCAUAUGGAUUAAUUAUUGCCAUACCCUUUAAAAAUGUAUCUGUACAUGAAAAUCCAAACUCUUAUAUUUGAGUAACUAAAAAUGUAACUUAUUCUCGCAGAUAUGAAGGACAGCGUUUUUAAAAAAAGCACCCCAGAGACUCCAGGAAGAGGGUAUGAGUGAAUAAUUGUUUAGGAGUGAUUACUAUGUUAAAACCAGCUUGUGAACAGGAUAUCAGACAAGAGGGAAGCAGAGUUAGGGGUAAGGAAGCUAUGCUGGUGUGAUGAUAUUGGAAUAAGGAACCUAUUUCUGAUACCGGUUUUUGUUUUACAACAGUGAUAAAAUUGGAAAGGCUUUGGAAAAAGAUCAUUUUUCUGAAAAGGUAAAAAAGAAAAGUGAAUUAAUGCAUGAGAAUUCUGUUAGCAUCUUUACUGUCAGCUUGUAUCUAAGGGGGAAAUGCCCAAUAGAAAAUGUUCUUUAUUGGACAUAAGCAUAGGAUGAUUAUGUCCUAAAGCUAGAUAAGAUGCAGUUGAAAUGAAAGCAGAGUUCGGAUUGUCAGUGGUGAGGCUAAUGAACCACUGAGAAACUUAUUUAGAGAGAUACUGGGUUCUGUGUGCCCUGAGGUUUUAAAAAUGACGUUAGCUGUCUCCCUUUAAAAAAAAAAAACACAAAACAAACAACUCAGAACCCAACCCAAAACACAAAAACCCCAACACAAAUAGCAACUAUUUAGUACAUUUAUGAAAAAAUGAUUGAAUAACGUAGAAAUGGUUGCUAUUCUGAAAACCAGGAGAGAAAAGCACCAAAUACUAAAUUUUAUUUUGACUGAGUAAAUGUAAAUAGAGUUUUGUAACAUUUUAAGUGUGAAAACCUGUUCAUGGGAAACCUGCUGGACUCGUAUUUUGAUGACCUUAUUCAUGCCCGAUUUAAUCUUGUUGGGGGUAGACUGUAAAAUUACAAUGCUAGCUUAGUUCAAGAAAGCCCUUACAUUUGAAUGAUUUAUCCCUCUCUUGAGAACAGUUCAUAGAGUGCUUUUCAUAGACAUUGCUCUCCCGUCCUAUAAACAGUAAUCAUCUUUUUUCCAUUAAACCUCAGGGUAAGCUUCAGAAGAAACUGGGUUGAAAGAGGUUCGCUUAAAAUGGCAGUGUGAAAUUUUCAGUCCUACUUGAUGCUGUAACUUAAUACACCAGAUCUUGAAACCAAGAUCAAUUUUGAGCAAGGGCUCAGAUUUAUGUAUGGCUGACACUUAGGGUUUUUUUUCAGUAGGUAUGAGAUCCUUGUAAAUUUUAAUAUAGCUGUUCAGCAAAGAGUCUGAAAUAAUGAAAGCUCUUCAGGUUCUUAUUUACAUCUAAGCUAUGCAACAAUAUACAAUGCUUACUUAAUAAAAAAAGGAUUUCUUUUGGCUACGUGUUGGAAGGCCUGUACCAGUCUCAAACCAGGACUUUAAAUUAACAUACUCUUAGAAUUUCUUUCAUCCAGAUCUUUGUUCAUCAUUAACAUUUCAUUUUUUUUCUUAAGUGUUUUCAGCAACCAUUUAUGGACCUUCCUAAAUUGCUCACUCAAGUCAAAGACAACAUAGCCAUUCUGUGGCCGUUCGUCAGGAUAUAUUCAGUAUCAGAUGAGGUAGACAACUGCCAUUUUUCUCCUUUUGGCUCUUCAUGCCCAAUGUCUGGGCAUAUACGUUCCCCCUUCCCCUUUGGAGACACUGGAUUGCCGAAGCUGAUGCACACCGCGUUGGAUAUGGGUAGUACUUCUCAGCCGUCCGUUCUCAAACUUCUUCCCUGCGCUAAGCCUUUGAAGAGCCAUGGCCUGGUAGACUGGGCAGGUUUUUGCCGGGUGGGAGAUGUGAGGUUGAACCACCCCACGGGUACCGGAGGCAGCUCUCACACGAACUAGACGGACGCUGUGAUCACGCACGUCGGGUGUAAAAAGCGGACGCUACCACUCGAGGGCAGAAAUGACCUGCUCGGUUCUUUGCAUUGGGUGGUGCACGCCUAAGGGACAGGAGGUGCUUCCCUGCAGCCCCGAGGGAAGUACCUCAGGAUGGGGAUCGGUGCUCCGACCCUUGGGAUCAUCCUUAGGGGCAGCUGGAGCCGCCGGCUUGUCCCCGUGCUGGCACGGGGAGCUCCCUGCCCGAGUCCCGGCCCCUCUGGGGAGCUGGAGGUGUUACGGCAGCUGACUGUUGGGCAUCUUCACUCUUCUGUCGGGACUGACCCUCUGAUGCUGAGAGCGUGUGUGUGUGUGUGUGCGUGUGUGUAUACAUACCGUGUACUUUGGGCAGGGCCUACACAAACAUUCCGCAUUUAACUGCAGGAGCUGUAGCCCUGGAAUGUGGGAGACAGCUGAGGAAAAGGUAAUUAUUUUCAUUUGUGUGUUUCAUUGUUGACAAGCACAGCACCAUUACAGUUCCAGACAGCCAGUGAGUUUUUAGUCGUGUGAACUUCGGCAUAUUUUCAGUAUGCCUUUUAGUCUUUAUAUAUAGUGUCAACAUUUUUAAUGUUUCAGAACUGCAUAUGCUGAGAGUGAUUUUAUACUAAAAAUGUGGUCUAAUAUUGAUAACACUGACAUGUUUAAGUAUCUUUAUAGACAUCAUAUUUUGUAUGUUGUUUUUGAUAUUAAAGGAUAUAUGUUUUGCUAGCUUUACCUCCAUUCUUUAAAGUUCUGCUUUGUUAGAAGGGUAAGAAAUGAAUGUCUGAUGUUUUUCAUGGUGCUGAAGUAACUGUGAUCAGUCUCAAAUUAUUCAGAAUAAAGAUUGAUAGUUCUUAAGUGC